CGAGGGUCGACCCCGUCCGCGCGCGACGGAGGUUGUGAGGUACUUAAAUACUGUUGUGAAUGCUCGCCGGCCGUGGUGGUCGCUCAUUUGGCGAUUUGUGAGAACUCGAAGGAACUGCUCGUUCGUGACAGCUAAAGUGCGAUGCUCGGCUUUCGCUGAUCGGCAUAAUGGGGCGACGAAAAGCACCUGAGAAGAUUAUCAGGAAGCCAUUCAUUCUAACAAAAGAUGAGCCCGACUUGGUGCUGGAAGAUCUGCCUACGGAAAUGUUGUUCAGGAUUAUGAGGUUCCUAGCAAUUGAUGACCUCUAUGCAAUCCGAAUGGCCAGUCCCCGGCUGUACAGCGUCGCCGGGGCCGAGGUGCGACGAAGACACUUCCGCACCCUGAUGUACACCGACAAGAGUCUCCCGGCCGUCAUCGACGACGCCAAGCUGGCCUGGAUGGUGUCCAACAUGCCGCAGCUGCAGACCAUCAACCUGGGACGCGUGACGCCCGAGUGCCAGCCGCUCUCACUGGGCGUUAUAGGUCAGUGGGCGUUAUCGCUGGGCGUUAUCGCCGAACACUGCUCGUCUCUGAGACGGAUCGACUUCCGGCGGUUCCGGUUCACGAGAGGCCACUUCGAAAAGUUAAUUGCCAACUGCCCCAAUUUACUGAAGAGACAGUACGGCGUGCGAUUCCGGAUGUCUAUUUAUGAAGAGAUCGACGACUUUGAGCUGCAGACCUGCGUGAAGAUCACCAGGCCAGAACCGGAGGAACCAGUCACGUACCGGAGCAGGAAGGGUCGAGAAAGAAGCAGAAGAUCAGUAGAGGAGCCUGGAGCUCAACGUGAUUCGGUAUGAGAUGCAUUAAAUGUGGACAGUUGUGGCGUGGUUUAUUUUCAGCGGUG